AAAAUAAGCUGCUGGAGGCAUAGGGGUGCCCACACUUCCUUGGCUUCCAGUUGUGAGUGCCUCAUCUUCCCAGAAAGCUUUCCAAGAUGAUUGAACCCUUCUUAGGAACCUGGAAACUGGUCUCCAGCGAAAACUUCGAGGAUUACAUGAAAGAACUGGGAGUGGAUUUUGCAGCCAGAAAUGCCGCAGGUCUAGUAAAGCCAAGUGUUAGUAUUAGUCUCAAUGGGGAAAAGGUGACCAUCCAAACAGAAAGUUCUUUCAAGAACACAGAGAUCUCCUUCAAGCUGGGGGAACAGUUUGAUGAGACCACUGCAGACAGCCGGAAAGUGAAGAGCAUUGUAACAUUACAAGGUGGGUCAAUGAUCCAGGUCCAAAAAUGGCUCGGCAAAGAGACAACAAUCAAAAGAAAAAUUGUGGAGGGAAAAAUGAUAGUGGAAUGCACCAUGAACAAUGUUGUCAGCACCAGGACCUAUGAGAAGGCUUGAAGGAAGGGUAGACACCAGCGAGAGCUUGGCCACUGCUGAAGAAAAUUAGUCUCAGGGAUAGUGAUUGAAAACAUUUUCAGCAUCAAUUUUGCUCAAUAAAAGCACUAACUGUAA